ACUCCAGCAAGGAGGUUGUGGGCGUGGCUUUCACACCUGUGUACAUCCGGAAGGCUCGCGCUUUGGUCGUCGGUUAAAUACGUCACGGUGUUAGGCUAUGUAGGUUACGACAGUGGUCCAGUGAGAGCCCAGAACCAAUGAAACUGUUGUGGCAGACACUCUUCACCACUUCCCUUCCAAAGUAAAACAGGUCCACCAUGUCACAUGAACAAUCCCAGACAUCAACAGGGGACCAGUCUCCUCUCCUGGACAGCAUGCUGUCCUCCAAGCUUGAUCUGGAUCGCGAGGCUGAUUCUUCAAGUACGUCAGUCACUGUACCUGAGCAGCCUCCACGGACUCCUAUAAUCCUCAGCACAGAGAGUGAAGCGGCUCGGAAGCUUGGAACCACGCAGCUCAUCCCCAAAAACCUGGCUGUCACCAGUCGACCGAAGAAUCGCCACCACACCACAGUGGUCACGCUGCCUGUGGUCCUUGAAGCCCAAAAGAACAUCCAGCGUUUCUCUCAUGAUCCAAGUGCCUCCUGGGAGGACUAUGACAGUGAUGAUGGUGGCUUGCGUAGGAACCGCAGGAACAAGUCAUACCGAGCUGCUGUCACCAGUCUUGAUGCAGAUUUGAUCUGGAAACAGGACCUUCUGCAGCCUUUUAGUGAGGAGAAGGAGAAAACCCCAAGUCCAAAACCAGUUUCCCACCCUGGACGCAAACGAACCUUGGGUAGGAGGAGGAGGCAGAAGCAUGGUGGAUCCUUUAAAGAUGAUCCACGGUUAUACCAGGAAAUCAAAGAAAGAGGCCUCCAGUCUAACAACCUGGGGCCUGAUGAUGAUUUCAACCAACUACCGGAGGAGGACCAGGGUAUUGUUAUGCAAAACUACAAGGCAGCAUACAUGACGUGGAGCCAGCUUCCUCAGGUGAAGGAGAUGGGCAUUCUGGAGAGCAUGUCACCUGAGGAGCGUAAGCGACAAGAGGCCAUUUUUGAGAUUAUGACAUCAGAGUAUUCCUACCUGCACAGUUUGGGGAUCCUGGUGCAUCAUUUCAAAAACAGUGAGGCAUUGAGGAAGACCCUGACCGCAACCGAACACCAUCAUCUGUUCUCCAAUAUCUCCACAGUCCACGAUAUCAGCAAGCGGUUUUUUGAGGAUCUUGAAAGGCGUCAUCAAAUGAAUCCUGUCAUUAAAGAAAUCAGUGACAUAGUCCAAGACCACGCUACAAAUUACUUUGAGCCAUACAUUGUAUAUUGCUCCAACGAGACCUUUCAGCAGAGGACACUGCAGAAACUACUUGCAUCUAAUAUUGCCUUUAAGGAGGUGCUGAAACAAAUCGAGAGCAGUCCUGAAUGUGGAGCAUUACCCAUGAUCUCCUUCCUUAUUCUGCCCAUGCAGAGAGUCACCCGUCUGCCCCUGUUGAUGGAUACCAUCUGCCAGAAGACAACUAAGCAGACAACUGAAUACUACACAGCUCUCUGGGCACUGAAGUCCAUCAGUAAGCUGGUAAAGAGUUGUAACGACGGUGCCCGGAGGAUGGAGCGCACUGAGCAGAUGUACACCAUCCAGAAACAGAUGGAUUUUGGAAAGAUCAAGCCAUUCCCGUUAGUCUCAUCCUCUCGCUGGCUGCUAAAGAGAGGCGAGCUGGCCGUGUGCACGGAGGAGCUCGGGAUCUUCUGGAAGGCCUUUAGCCAUAAGAGCUACUACCUCUUCUUGUUCAAUGAUGUACUCAUUGUUACCAAGAAAAAAAGUGAAGAAAGCUAUGUGGUGUUUGACUAUGCCACUCUGAGGAAUGUGGAAGUAGCAGAGGAGCAGGCUGGCAAGCUUUACCUGCGGCUGGAAAUGAAACCCAACAGCGAGGGGCGCUGUGACCAGAUGGCUCUGGUGGCUGAAAGCAAGCUGGACAGAGCUCGCUGGGUCACUGCUCUACACUGGUCUAAACAAGGAGAGGGUUCCCCUAACAAAGAUGAACUUCCUCAAUAUGAAUCCACCAAAGCCCAUAUGCCCAAAGAGCCAGAUGAGCUGAGUCUCCAGCAAGCUGAAGUAGUCAUUGUCCUGGAGGAAGUGGAGGGCUGGUGCUAUGGGGAGAGGAUGAGGGAUGGCGAAAGGGGCUGGUUUCCAGCCAGCUGCGCUACACAGAUCACCAACCGCACUGCUAUCGAGAACAACAUACAGCGCAUGGAGCGACUACGCAAAGAGACCAACGUUUGAUCAGAGCUAACUAGUCUAAAGUACAGAAAAGAUGCCAGUUUUGUUGAGUAAGCACAUGACCUGUUCUAUAGCACGAAUGAACUAUGCCCUUGCCCGAAGGUGGAAUCAAACAACAAACCAGUGAGAAACUUAACUUUUGAUUUUAUUGAGCUUGCUUUUUGUUAAAAUUCAUGUUUGGAUACAUAAAAAGUUAUUUAAAAAUGUCAAA